CACAGGUACACUGCAGCCAGAACCUGCAUCCAUUCAGCUGCAUCCAAGGACUAAGCUAUCAACUAAGGAACUAACGACUCUAAAAACACAUGAUCUAGAUUCUGGAUUAACUAUGGAGACAACACACCUCGGGCUUUUCCUGAUGCUGUUUGUGGGAGUCCACGCGUCAUCUUCAGAAGUUUUGAAGCGACAAAAAAGAAACUGGAUCAUUGAUUCCUUCAGUAUCGAUGAAGGCUACAAAGGAGUUUUCCCAUACGUCCUGGGCAACGUUACAAUUGAAAAGAACAUCCCCUUUUUCAAUAUACACGGUGAAGGUGUUGAAAAGGAACCCAAGGGCGUAUUACAAAUCAACAGACUCACAGGCGUGAUUACAGUCCACCGCCCUGUCGACUUUGAGAAGUACCAAGUUAUAAAGCUAAUGUUCCAGGCACUUGACAGAGAGAGUCACGUCAUAGACACGGAGCUGGGCAUUGAGAUAUUGAUCAUCGACGCCAAUGACAACACUCCAACGUUUGACCAUGACAAGCAGGAGAUCAGCAUAAAUGAGACAACAUCACAAGGCACAGACCUGAUUACCGUUCGGGUAAUGGAUAAUGACAGAAGUAAGAAGUAUCAAUUAUUUGAUUUAGAAAUAGUCUCAGUCCAUCCUGACCCAGCUGAUCUGAAGUUCGACAUAACCCAGAUCGAUCUAAGCGGAACCAUUUCAUUUAAAGGGUGUCUGGACCAUGAGAAAGCAGAGAAAUACACCAUUAUAGUGGAGGCCAAAGGCCGUGGAGAGGGACUACAGCUCUCCAGCUCCAGCACCAUCACAGUCAAUAUAAACGAUGGGAAUAACCAUCUCCCUGUGAUAACAGGACAAACAGGUUCUGGGAGAGUGAAAGAAGGAGAGAAAAAUGUUCUUCUUAAACGUCUGCAAGUUACGGACAAAGACAGCAAAGGAACAGCGGCCUGGAGAGCCAAGUAUCAAAUUCAAGGAGACACAAACAAGAACUUCAGAAUCACGACUGAUCCUGAGACAAACGAAGGACUACUGUAUGUGGAAAAGCAUCUGGACUAUGAAGACGGUCACAUGCAGAAUGUGACUAUCAGUGUGAAGAAUGAGAUCCCAUAUUCCUCUUGUAAGGUGGUGGAUCGCAGCGACGCUGGUCUCUGGAAAGUAAACACUGAGACAGAGAAAGUUGGUACGACCACCCACCACGUGACAGUGACAGUGAUUGUGGAGGAUGUCAACGAGCCUCCAAUCUUCCACCUGCCUAACAAACAAGUUACGGUGGUUGAGAAUGUCGAGGCCGGAAAGUAUCUGGUAACAUUUACAGCUAGCGACCCUGACAAAACCGGUGCCAACACAAUUGUUUACAAAAAGGGAGACGAUCCAGCUGACUGGGUUUCAGUGGACCCCAAGACUGGGAAAAUAAGCACUACAAAGAUCGUUGACCGGGAGUCGGUCUUUGUGAAAAACAAUGUCUAUACGGUCCCAAUAUUUGCUGUCAACAAUGGUCAACCUGCAUUGACAGGCACUGGAACCCUGGAAAUCCUUAUUACAGAUGAGAACGACAAUGCCCCAUCCCUGGCUGCAAGCAACAUAGACAUGUGCCAAUCUGAUGGACUCUCGCUGGCCAACAUCACGGCCGUGGACCUGGAUGAAGAGCCCUACGGUGGACCGUUCGCCUUCAGGCUCCUGGAUCAGAAGAAGGGCAAGUGGAAGUUUGACCCUUUGCAAGGGCAUUCAGUCAACCUGGUGAAAGACCCCACAGUUCCUUCAGGACAAUAUGAGUUGUUGCUGGAAGUGUUAGACCUCCAGGGCCAGAGAUCUGCACACAACCUGUCGGUUACUGUGUGUAACUGCAAAGACCCAGCGAGGCCAAACUGUCGCCUCCGUAAAGCAAGCUCCUCAAUCGGAGGAGAAGGGAUUGGGGCUGCUUUUUUUGUAAUACCACUGCUUGCAGGUGUGCUACUUUUGGCUUUGCUGCUGUCAUGUAAGAAAAAGAGCUUCGCAAUCACAGAUACACAACAAAAUCUGAUGAAGAGUAACAUUGAGAACCCGGGAACUGACUGCGAAGUAUUUGAGCUGUUAAACAAAGGAUACGGCCAAAUGCCAGCAUUCCCAUUUGUGCCAAAUGACCAGACGGAGUGUAGAAUGUCCCAAACUAAAAUCUCAACAGGCCAAAGGGACUAUUUGAAUCAGUUGCCAAUUAACUCAAUUCUGGAAGGACACUUUAGGCGUUCGACCUCUUCUCGUUGGUCAACAGGAACGUCAUCGAGAAUGAGGAAUUCGCACAGAAACUCUAUGCGUGGGACUUGGAAUGGACACAGUGGAUAUUCAGCAUAUCAAGAGAAUGCUGUAUUCAACUCUACAAUGCUGCCCAAAGUACUAAAUAUGAUGCUGUCCAACCUGGAGGCACAAGGAGAGGAGCUGGGUGAUUACGCUCCUCAUGUGUAUGCUGAGGAGGGAGACACAAGGAGCGACUUUGAGCCCGACGCCUCCUCCAUCCCUGACAUUUCCUUUGACCCAGACUUGGACUUGGACCUGGAUUCCAACUUCAAUACUCUGGCCUCAAUCUGCAUGCCUAGUGGAAGCGCUGCCCACAGGAAGAGUUGAAUAUGAAUGUAGAUCAAAACUGCACUGAUUUUAUCUGUAAUAUAUUAGAGGAGACAACAUGUCUCACAAUGCAACCUGGUGGGAAAAAUAGCUGCGAAUUGCAUUAAUCUUUGGAUACAUUUGGAUACGUUUGCUUAGCUGUCAAACUUCCAGUUUGUUGAACUGCACAGUUCAGUUGAACUGCUAUGGAGACCUUUGUUAGCGACAGAAACAUUUCAUCCGGCAUGUUACUCAACCUGUUUUUCUCAAGUGCGGUGGGUCUCAGGUUAAAUGUCAUUCCUACUGAAAGUCGAUGAAGUUUAGGUCAAAAAUAUUCUGGUGUUGGGCAGGGAACAAGGGAUUUCAUGUGUGACGUGGAGAAUGGAAUUAACUGCUUUUAAAUGUACACAAAACUUUACUCUAUACCAUAUCACGAGGCCAUUUUUUCUUUGCAGCAGCACAUGAUAUGCCACGGAUAUGUAACCGGGUGUGUGGGGCAGGGCCAUGGUAUGUGGAGAUAGGAUUUCAAACACUGCGUCUACAAUGAAGACACGGAUGUAACAACGGUUGCUCGAAGUCAAAACUUCAAGCAGGAUAUUUUCAGUCAACGUGGUAGACGGCAAAAGUGUUUUGAACAUUCAAUUGAACAUUGUUUUCUUUGGGAUAUCUUAAGGCUUAUUUUAGGACGUUUUUUUCAUGCAUUCUUUUAGCCUUUACCGUUGCUACAUGGUACCGUCUAUCCGUCUGGUCAUGUAGUCACAACAAGUCCAUUCUUGAAAUGCUGACAAUUCUUUUCAGAGGGGGAAAAAUCCUAUCCCCAUGUGUGAGUGUUAAAAGUAUGAAGGUGUGUCAGUGUGUGAAUAAAGCACUUCCAAGGAAGUAUGAUAACCACUGCUGAUAACCAGCUGAUCAUAAUUCCAUGUAACUGCACUGCCAGCUUGUCAAGCCAGUUUUGUUUCUGUGUGUGUGUGUGUGUGUGUGUAUGUGUGUGUGUGUAUACAUGAAUGAGCUUCGAUGUGGGUACAUAUCCACAUGUCUGAAUAUUUUUUUUUUGAAGGAACCUUACUGUAUAUUCUAUAUUUUUUAAAAGAUCAUGUUAACCUGCCUCAAUACCGGCAAGUGUAAUUAUUUUUACCUUGUGAGUCUGAGUGUGUGUGUGUGUGUGUUUGUGUGCGUGUCAUCAUGGAAAAAUGUAGCCUUAGUGACACCUGUUAUUGUUGGAUGACAAACAAACCAGAGGCUGGUUGGAGUACUUUUCUAGGUGUUUAUUUGUCUAUCUGUGGUGAGAUAAUGUCAACAUGAUAACAUCACGGUGCGGUCAAAACACUUUACAGGUACGUAGUUCAAAGAUGGGUGUGAUCCCAACAAGCACCAUGACUCAGUGGUUGUAUUUAAUUUGCCAGCCGUCCUUAAUCGAUGUGUAUUUAAAGGU